AUGGAUAGAGAUAGAGGUUGGAUGUAUAAUACUUCUCGCGUAAGUGCCGAGUACAUUGAAAAAGUGAAUGACUUUCUUGAUAAAGCAUUUGCAAAAGCAGCUAAAGGGAAUGAAAUAUGUUGUCCUUGUCGUGGUUAUUUUAAUCGUUGUUGGCAUCAGCGAAAUAUUGUCUGCAAUCACUUGAUUGUCAAGGGAUUUAUAGAUAAUUAUUACAAAUGGGUUUUCCAUGGUGAGGAUUUGCCAUCAAGAUUGAACGUCCAUAGCGAGAGUGAUGAUGAUGAUGCACGUACUCAUGAUGAUGUAGGCGGAUUACUACAUGAUAUUUUUAGAGGCACAAUAGAAGAGUUUUCAGAUAACGAUGAAGAAGGCAUAAAGGAAGGCACAGAGGAAUUGACCGAGGAUGCUAAGAAAUUUUAUAAGGAAGCAAUUCCAGACAUAAAGUUGCCAAAGUCUUUUUAUGAAGCCAAAAGGAUUGUCAAGGACUUGGGUCUCGAUUAUGAAAAAAUACAUGCGUGCUCUAACGAUUGUAUGCUAUUCUAUGGAAAUGUAAAUGGGAAACUGAAUAAGUGUAGUAGUUGUGGUGCUUCUCGGUGGAAGCCAAAGAAGGAUGAUGCAGCAAAUGACUCCAAUCAACCAACUAAAAAGGUGCAUAAUGUUCCAGUUAAGGAUGAGAUUCUAAGGCAUCCGGCUGAUGGUAAAGCUUGGAAAGACUUUGAUGAAAAGCAUCCAGAGUUCGCAUUAGACCCUCGUAAUGUGAGAUUAGGGCUUGCUAGUGAUGGAUUUAACCCCUUUCGAACAAUGAGUAUUGCGCAUAGUACAUGGACAGUUAUCUUAAUCAACUAUAAUUUACCGCCAUGGAUGUGCUUGAAGGUAGAAUAUUUCAUGCUAUCUCUACUUAUUCCUGGUCCUCAAUCCCCUGGCAACAACAUUGACAUAUACUUGCAGCCACUGAUUGAUGAAUUGAAAGAGUUGUGGGAAGUUGGAUUGCUUACAUAUGAUGCUUCUAUCAAACAAUCAUUUAAAUUGCGUGUAGCUUUGCUUUGGAUAGUUAGUGACUUCCCAGAAUACGCAAUGUUGUCCGGAUGGAUUACUAAAGGCAGGUUGGCUUGUCCUUAUUGCAAUUAUAAUACAUGCUCUGAGUAUUUAAAAUAUAGCAAGAAGAUGUGUUAUAUAGGUCAUCGUAGAUUUUUAAAAGAUGACCACCCAUGGCGAUUUAAUAAAAGAUCAUUUAAUGGUGACAUUGAGCUUGGAAGAGAACCGAUAUCACUAUCUGGGACUAAAAUUAUAGAUGAAUUAUCUGAUUUUGUCAAUGAAUUUGGAAAAAAGCAAAAGAAAAAAGCAAAUAGAAAUUGUCCGUGGAAGAAAAGGUCAGUAUUUUUUGAUUUACCUUAUUGGGAGCAUAAUAGAUGUCGUCACAUGCUAGAUUUAAUGCAUAUUGAGAAGAAUGUUUGUGACAAUAUUGUUGGCACAUUGUUAGACAUUCCAGGAAAGACGAAGGAUCAUGUUAAAGCUCGCUUUGACUUACAAAAAAUGGGCAUAAGACGAGAUCUUCAUCCUGUGCAGUCGGCUGAUGGUCGUCGUGUUACAUUUGCGAAAGCUUGCUUUUCUAUGACAUCACAGGAAAAAGAAAUGUUUUGCAAAGUGUUGGCAGAUGCAAAAGUGCCUCAUGGUUGUGCAUCAAAUAUCUCAAGAUGUGUAAAUAUGAGGGAGAAGAAAAUAUCUGGGUUAAGAAGAAGUUUGUCUAGGAGUGUUGCUAUUCCUCUCAUCAGAUUAGGUGCUUUCUUCAAGGGUUUAUGCAGCAAAGUUCUCAAGCCAGUUGAACUUAAAUCCUUGCAGUCUGAGAUCGUAGAGAUACUUUGUCAACUUGAGAAAAUAUUUCCACCAAGUUUCUUUGACAUCAUGGUUCAUCUUCCUGUUCAUUUAGUUCAACAAAUUUUGGAUUGUGGGCCAGUCAACUACUUCUGGAUGUACCCAACAGAGAGAUAUCUUUGUAGAUUAAAGUCAUAUGUGCGUAAUAGAAGUGCUCCUGAAGGUUCCAUAGCAGAAGGAUAUUUAGCUGAAGAGUCCCUAACUUUUUGCUCAUUAUAUAUGCAUGAUGGUGUCAAGACAAGAUUUAAUAGAUACACAAGUAUGUAUGAGAGAGUUGAUGUUGCAGAAGAGACAUCGCCAAUUUUUCCUAAGAUAGGUCAUCCAUUGGGAGGAAAGAGGAAAAGAAAGGGCAAAGCAUUUACAUUAGAUAAUGUUGACUGGGUUAAUGCACAUCGAUAUGCCUUGUACAAUUGUGAUAACAAUGAAGUUGAUAAUUAUAUACGUGAACAUAAACUUUUGAUUGAGAAUCAGUCAAGAAAAAGAGGCAGAACAAAUAAAUGGACGGGAGCUCAAAAGCACAGCAAGGACUUCACUGACUAG